AUGGAUGAAGAUAUUGAAAAGGCAUUAGAUGAUUGUGUCAUCGACAACUCAAAACAAAAUUACCCCAGAAAACUUAGUUCAACAAAUUUUUCACCUUUAAGAUUUGUUAAAAAACUUAAUAAACAUAUAAAUCAUAUGAUGCUUCGUCGUACUAUAUUUGUAUCUUUAAUGGCAUGUUCUUUUAUUAUUUUGACCGUUAUUAAUAUUUUUUUCAUUUUUAACAAUUCUGGGAAUUCUGGAGGUUCUAUGUUUCACCAUAUGACCAUUAUUCUCAUCGCUUUUUCAUGUUUUAGUCUAUUUGAGGUCAUUAUUGUAGUCAUUUGCACUAAAUUAUAUAUUCCUGAAGUAGAAAAAUGGAGAAAGAACAAUCCAAAUAUUUAUGAUGAUGAGGAUAGUGUAAAUACGUACGACUUAGUGACUGAAUUAUUAGACAAUAUAAAAAAGGAAGAAAACGAAAUAAUAAAAGAGGAAGAAAACAAAGAGGAAAAAAAGGAUGAAAUUAUGACAAUUAUAAAAUUAACAGCUUUUUACUUAUUUUGUACACAUUCAGACAAAACUGAUGCAGGUAAUUCUGCAAAGUGCAUAAAAUAUUUGUUGACAGGUUUGAAUGCUUAUUUGACUAAAUAUAAAUCAGAGAUUUUAAAUAAGAUAGGAGAUUAUGAAAAAGGAUCGUUAAGGUCUAUAUAUAAAGAUUAUUUUGCUAAUAUAAUAAAUGAUAAUAAAGAUAAGGUAACAAGCGAUAAUAAAGAAAAACUUAUUAGUGGAAAGGACAAACAAAUUGAAGUGAUAUCCGUGGAUAAUUUAGAAAAACGGAGAGGCCCACGUACAGAUCCACAAAACCAAAUACAAAAAGAAGAUUUUAAAAUUUUGAAUAUUACGAAAUUAAUAGUACAUUUUAUUUCAAAUAAAGACGCUUUGAAUUUCUUUAUAUACUAUUUUUUAUUAAGUAUAAAUGAUUAUCUGGAAUAUGGAAAUGGUGAAGCUUCAGAUGAUAGUUUUGUAAAGAAAUAUUUAAAGCUAGAAAAUGGUGAUGAUUAUGAUAUUUUAACUGGAUUGAAGGAGUUAGAUAAUAAUUCAGAUCAAAGUCUUAAAAACAUAGAUACAAAAAUAAAAGGAAUAGAAGAAAUACGAAUUGAGAUAGGAGAUAAGAAGUAUGAAGUAAAUAAAAUCGCGGAGUACUUAGAAAAGGAAGAUAAAAACCCUACCUUUAAUUCGAUUAAAACAUUGACACUUUGUUGUAUAAAUUUUGGUGAAGAUAUGGAUGAGAACACGUUGAGUCUUUUUUUUAAAGGCAUAAAUCUUUUAUUAAAACCAGAUAACAAUAUUAACAUAACUAGAGAUUUAAAAAUUAUUGCUGAGGCAUUGACUCUUCGUACUAUUUUUAAUGAUGAAAGUGAUGGCAAGAAGAGUAUGCCAGUGAUAAGUAUGCCAGUGAUGAUAGAAGAAGUAUUAGUAGCAAUCAUGCGCAAGAUGAAUGAAAUUAACGAUGAGAUAAAGUUGAAUGAGACCAAAGAAAAGGAAAUUCCAAACAAUCUAACUGUUGCAAAUAAAGUUUUUGGUGAUGUAAGGACUGAAGUAUUACGCUUGAAGGAUCAAAUAAUCGUGGAUAAUUAUUUUAAUAGCAAAGUCGAUUUAAGUAAAAAUAUUUUCAAACCCAAAUUUACUUGGAAAUGCAUUCCUUUGUAUGCAGCAACCAUUAUUCUCAUCCCGAAUUUGUAUUUAAUUGGUCUGAUAGGUGUAUCAAGUGUAAAGAAUGGACCAAAAAAAGAGAAGCAUUUAAUGUUAAAAAGAAUUGAAAUAAAUGAUAAGGAGAAAGAGCUAAUCGAUCGUAUUCUUUUUGGAUUAUCGAUAGUAACUUGCAAGGUUUAA